GGCGCUAUAGUGUAACAACUCCGCAACAUGACAGCUUGGCGAGGGAAAGGAGGAAAAAAUGCGAUUUUCCGCUCGGUCCCGGCGUACUCCAGAGAGCUAUGCUGGAUCCUGCUUUCGAGAGGCUGACACGGGAGGAAGUUGUAUUCACCAUUACUCCGUCUUGAAAGGAGAUCGAGAAAGCAGAAAAUGCUUAAUCUAUUCAGUCAGUGAUCAUCUUCGCAUUUUUAUGUCCUGCGUCCGCACCGAAAACUGAAAGUACUGUCGACUUUCGCCACUAUCAAACCACAAUAAGCGUGAACUUUGGACGAUCCAAUCUAACUGUUUGGAAAUGUGCACCAAGUGCUGUAAUUCUCAGCUGGCCUGCUGCUGUGGUUAUGCCCCAUGCACCCUCUGCUGUGAGGCCUGUCCUAAUAUCAAGCAAUCAACAGGGACUCGAUUCAUGUAUGCCUUCUAUUUCCUGUUGGUCACUGGCAUUUGCAUGAUCAUGAUGUCACCCACAGUGGAGAAGGAGUUGCAGGAUCAUAUUCCCUUCUACUCGGAAAUGUGCCGUAAGCUCCUUGCUGGGGAUAACUGUAAAGCGCUGGUGGGGUACUCUGCUGUGUAUAAGGUUUGUUUUGGGAUGGCCUGCUUCUUCUUUAUCUUCACUGUCUUCACCCUCGGAGUGAGCUCCAGCAGGGGCUGCCGUGCUGCUGUACACAACGGCUUCUGGUUUUGGAAGUUCCUGGCACUGGUUGGCUGCUGCAUAGGAGGAUUCUUCCUUCCAGAUGAAGAGAAAUUCCUUGAAGUGUGGCGCUAUGUGGGUGCAGUCGGUGGGUUUCUUUUCUUGCUAAUCCAGCUGAUACUUCUGGUGGAGUUUGCGCAUCGCUGGAACAACAACUGGGCGUCGGGCGUACGCUACAACAAGCUGUGGUACGCCGCCCUGGCUCUGGUCACGCUGGUGCUUUUUUCCAUCGCUGUGGCGGCACUGGUCUUCAUGAGCCUCUUCUACACGCAUCCCAAGGCCUGCUUCCUCAACAAGGUCUUCUUGGCGAUCAACGGAAGCCUCUGCCUUCUGGUGUCCCUGCUUGCCAUCGCGCCUUUUAUACAGAUCCAGUCCACCUCUGGCCUGCUGCAGUCGGCCGUCAUCAGCGUGUACGCCAUGUACCUCACCUUCUCCGCGUUCUCCAGCAAGCCCGUUGAGACGGUUAAAGAAAACAACCUGAAUGUCACAGUCUGCACCUUCCCCUUAAACUCGGGCUUUGAGAGCGACAGCAGGAUAACCACGGCCGUGGGCACGGUCCUCCUUUUCGGCUGUGUGCUUUAUUCCUGUUUGACCUCCACCACCAGAGCAAGUUCAGCAGCUCUGGGAGUGAGCAGGACAACUCCACCAGAAUAUGAGAAGGCUCGCUGCUGUUUCUGCUUUGGUGAAGAUGAUCGAUACACUGCAGAGGAAGAGAAUGAGACAGAGAAGCGGCGUGGCAUUAAUGAUGAGAUUGAGGGCACCGUCUACAGUUAUUCCUACUUCCACUUUGUGUUCUUCCUUGGGUCGUUGUACGUCAUGAUGACUGUCACCAACUGGUUUCAUUAUGACAAUGCCAAGAUCGAGAAGCUUCUGGAGGGGAGCUGGUCAGUGUUCUGGAUCAAGAUGGCGUCUUGCUGGGUGUGUCUUCUGCUCUACACAUUGACCCUUGUGUCACCCAUAAUCUGCCCCAGGAGAUUCAGAGUCUGAAAUCUGCCUGUGCAGAUCUAGCAUUUUUUCAGUGUUUGUUUAGAGGUCUUUGGAAUUCCUUUUGUAUAAUAUUUCAUUAAUAUAAAACCAAUUUCAGUCUGAAGAGGCCUAAGUUGUUAUCAUGAGAACCGUAAGAAUCGUUCAAAUCCAGAAACAUUUGAUAUAUCAGCACUUCUCUCUACUGGUGCCUGAGGCAGAAGGGCUUAGUUUUUACCAUAUGUUGCUAUUGAGCUAUUUUAUUCUAAUUAGAUCAAUUCAAUUUGUACAUAUAGAAUUUUUUACAGCAAUGCUUAUUUUUUUCUAACAAUUAUAAACAUCUGUCCAUCUUCUAACUGCAUAUCCUGGUCAGGGGCCUGGAGCCCAGGUGAUUCUAAAUAUGAUACCGGAACAUUUUAGCGUAAGGGACCUCCUAGGGCUUUGAUGCCAUUGUCCUCUUUCACUCUAGGUGCGGUAUAGUGGCUAAACCACUGCAUUCUCCAUUAGUACGUACAAGUAAAACAUCCUGAACUGAAUAUCAAGCUGUUUAUAUAGGUACAAUUAAAAACAAAUAAAUAUCUCCCUGGAUAAAAGCAUUUCACAUAAACAAAGAGCUCUAUUCAGUUUUCUGUUUUGUCUCAGGGUUUAUUAGCAAACAGGAGUGAUUAUAUCUUUGUUACGGUGUUGUGAUUUUCAUGACCUCAGUGCUAAGAUAAUGCUGAGGGUCUUAGACUUUGUUAAUGAUUCAUACCAAGAAAUGUCAACAGAAAAUUGUUGCGGUUAAGAAUGCAACAUAGCCUUCGUUUUUAGCUAAAUGAUUUUAUUCUAUCAGAUUUUUGUUAUAAAAUGCAUUUACCGGGCACAAUAAAUUAUGCAAAAAAAUUCCACCUCAUACAGCUUUGGAAAAAUAUUCAUCCAUCCAUCAUUUUCAAGUAGACACUUGUACACACAAGUACACGUGUUUAACAAUUGGGAUAUAAAAGAAGGGAAGUUUUGAGUUAUGGGUGUUGCUUAUUGUUAUUUAAUGCGCUUUGGUACAAAUGGGAAUAUUGUAGAAACAUUAUUUACAGUUCGCCAAUAACUGUGUUUGCUUCAGAAGUACAGUAUUGUGCAAAAUUCUUUAGUAGUCAAAGGACAUGUUUAAAAAUAUUUGUCAGGGUGACACAUUUAUAUUUGCUCAGAACAAAAAUUUAAUUUAACAUUAGAACAUAAGAAUAACACAAGAAAAACAGGAAUGUCUUCUGCUGUUCAAAAACUUACUAAUAUCUAGUUGGAUGGCUAGAUAAACACGGCUUCAGCUCCCAAACCUCUCCUCAGGGGCACCUCAGCCAUUCCAUGUAUUUGUUCAAUUUCACCACCAGUUCACUUAAUUAGUUGAUUGAUUUGACUGAUUUAAUUUGAUUAUUUUAAAGAAGUUAAUUAUGUAUUGAUUAGCUAUAAGACGUGUGCUGGAUGGUUGUCCCAAAUAUUGGGGUGACUUUAGGGGAGGCUUAGAAAUGGCCAAGCUGACACACUUUGAUAAUAUCACAGUAUUACACCAACAUGAAGAUCAUUUAAGCGUUAUUUUCUUUGGCUGCCUAAGACUGCUGUACAGCACUGUAUAAGUUAGUUUUUGCAUAUGUGGUAUUACAUGUUAUUAUGGGUAAAUAAUAAAAACCUUAAGUUUUUUGUUUUGGUUUUUUGUGUCACUUGAUAUGUUCAUUUAGUCAUGAUAAAUAAGCUUUCAGGAUUUAGGGAAUAUUUUCAAUGUGUCAGUACUAGCAAGUACAAAAGUUGAACUUUUUUCAAACUUUAUUGCUACAAAUUUUAUUAUACAUUGCUAGUGGUUAUUACCAAAGGGUUGUAAUCAGGUAAAUUAGUAAAUAUUAUGCACUUAAGAUCUAUAUAAUGUAUUUGACAGAACAAUGACAGAAAUCUGUGAAAUAUAAACUAAUGUUCAGUGCAGUGCCUUGAAAAAUAGUUGAUUCUUUUUGCACUUUGAAUCAAUGUGUUGGCUUGUACAUUUUAAAAGAAAAAGUUGUCCAUUUAAAGACUGAAACCACAUUCACAUAUGAAUGAAGUUAAAUGUCAUGAGAAACCAAAACUAACAUAUAUUGCUUAUCAAUUUUGCACAGGCAGAUGGUGGCCCAUGAUUCAUGUAAAUUCUGGAUUGUGACUGGAACCAACAGGUUAAUCCUCAAAAUUUCUUUAAUAGUUGGGUGUAUGUCCAGCUCAUUUCCGUUUUAGUUAUAAGAAUUUUAAUUAUAGGUAGUUAUUGGGUUCAGCCUGAUUUUCCUGUAAGACUUUAUUGUCACUUUCUCCUUCUCUUGAAGCUGUCCUGUUUCUGUUAUUGGCAGGCUUAGUCCAUAAAAUUAUGUUGCCACCGAUAUGCUUCAUGGGACUGAAGGGGUAUGCUGCAUCUGUGCCAGAUGUGUGGCUUUCCAUUUUGUUGUAAAAGUGAAAAGUUCUCUUCGUCUGACCACUUAAACAUUAUGCCGUAAUUCUCCAUUAAUGCACACUUACUGCUCUGCAAACUCGCGUAGAGCCUCAGUUGGUGGAUGUUAUACUGUAUAUUCAUGGGCAUUUCAGCUGCAUCCCUCACUGUUCUGCUCCAUGCCAGACUGUCAUGAUAACAUCUUCCACUAUCUAUGGGCCAGCUUGCCUGAUAGUUACUGAAGUGUCUUUUAUUUACCCGUGCCUUUUGUACAGCAUUAUUGCUGCUUGCUGAUCUUCAUAGUUCAAUCUUGGCUUUAUUGACCGGAGGAACCUCACAAAGGCCUGAUUUUUUUCUGAAAUCACAUUAAUUAUUGUUAUUGCAAUAAAUCAAAGCCAUUGAACUGUGUGAGUUUACUCCCCCUCUUUCUGCGAGGAAUAUUCUAUAGUAGAAUUAUCAGUCCUUAAUUAAUCCUCACAUGAUUUCAAGCUCUGGAUUAUGUAUAACUGCAAGGAUGAUAAUUCUGAAACUGUAACCUUGGUAUUACUAAUCAAUGUGUCAUAUUUUCUCUGUAAAACAUUUUUCUUAAUUUUUUGUCUUUUUAAUGAUGUGAUAAAUUAUGAAUAAGCACAAUAGUUGAUAUUUCAUAUAUAAAUUAUCCAAAUGAGUGAAAAUAACUUGACAGCAGAUUUUGAAAUGUUCAUAUUUUCUGCUUGCAACUUCUAUAGCACUCUUUAUUGCCUAUGUAUUGUUUAUGUAUUUCUGCAUUUUUCUACAUGCUUUUUCUGAAAUGUUUAGUUGCAUGUUCAUAUUAUUUGACACUUGCAGAUGUCUGUAUCAGUACUGUAUCAAUUUAUCUGACAAACUUUUUUAGAAAUUACACAUUAUCAGCGUGUGACACUUGUGUGUAGUGUGUAACAAAAUCUUGGGUAACGCUUUACAUUAACUGCACUUUCAUAAUACCUUUAAAAUGCAUUUGUAGAACAUUCAGUGCACCUUCAUAAUGCAUUCAUAGAACAUCCAUAAAAAGCAUGUAAGUAUUCCUUAACAGCUGUCAUAACAAACAUUACAUAACAACAAACAUUAUAAUUGUAUAAUGUUUAUUAUACAGUUAUGUUUAUUAUCAUUCAAUGUUUUAAUGUGUAUUAAUACACAUUAUUAAUAAUGUGCAGCUGUUAAGGUAGGUAUACUUACAUACUGCUUAUGAAUGUUCUAUGAAUGGAUAGUGAUUGCAUAAUGAAGGUGCAAUUAAUGUGAAAUGUAGCCAAAUGUUUAUUUACGCCUUUAAUGUUGCAAGGGUGAAUGUUAUGUAGAAUACGUCACAUAUGAAAUGUACAGAUACAAAUGUUUACCUAAUUAAACAUUUUGCUAAUAAUAAAA